AUGGCCGUUGACACUGUACCACAGUCGAAGCACUCUUGGGCUGACGAAAUUGAAGAGGAAGAGGACGCAUUCCAACCAAAGGUUAUUUCUGACGAGAAUGGCAUCAAGACCAUUGUUGUAUAUCGAGACAAUGAAGAUGGCAAGCGCGUCAAGGUGACACGCAAGAUUCGAUCCAAACUCGUUACUGAACAUGUCAACAAGGCCGUUGCUCAACGUAAAAAAUGGGUCAAGUUUGGUGAUGAGACCGGCAACAAGCCUGGACCUGAUCUUUCCACUACCACCAUUGGUGAAAACAUCCCAUUGAAGCUUGGUAGCACUACUGGCAAGAGCGUGGACACUGUUGCAGCUGAAGAAGCACAAGACAAGGUGCGUCGUGCAGCCAAGGCCAAGAACAUCAUGUGCCGUAUCUGUAAAGGCGAACAUUUCACAUCCAAGUGUCCCUACAAGGAUACUUUGCAACCCUUGGACGAAAUUGCAAACUCGAUCCAAAACGUCAAGCUCGAAGCAGGCACUCCCGAAGCAGCAGCAGCAGCAGCAGCAGCAGAUACCAAUGCCGGUGGAUCCAAAUACACACCUCCUCAUCUCCGUGGUAAAGGUGCUGGUGCUGGUGAAUCCAUGCGUGAUUCUCGACGUGAUGAUAGUGCUACUCUUCGUGUUACCAACUUGUCUGAGGAUGUUGUCGAAGGUGAUAUUCACGACUUGUUCUACCGCUUUGGUCACAUUGCUCGCGUCUAUCUUGCACGUGAUCGGGAAACAGGUCUUUGCAAGGGCUUUGCUUUCGUGUCAUUCACUGAUAGAGAAGAUGCCGAGCGCGCACAACAAGCUAUCAACGGCUACGGUUACGAUAACCUUAUCUUGAGAGUCGAAUUCGCCCGCAGCUCAUAA